AUGUCUGACUUGGUCGAAAAAUCUAAGAAACUUUGCGCUUAUACUGCGGUUGACAAGAAUUUAAAGCCAAGCCAUAAAGUUAUUGGUAUCGGUUCUGGCUCUACAGUAGUUUAUGUUGCUGAGCGUAUCGGUCAGCUAGAAAACAAAAACCACUAUGUUUGCAUUCCCACUGGUUUCCAAUCUAAACAGCUAAUCAUUGAAAAUGGUUUGAGGUUGGGUGGUUUGGAAGAAUAUCCAACUAUCGAUAUUGCAUUUGAUGGCGCUGAUGAGAUCGAUACCGGCUUGAACUGUAUCAAAGGUGGUGGUGCUUGUCAAUUACAGGAAAAGUUGGUUGCUGACUCAGCAACUGAGUUUAUUAUUGUUGCAGAUGAUCGUAAAAAUACCGGUGCGUUGGGUAAAGGUUGGAAGAAAGGGAUUCCAAUUGAAGUCAUCCCAAAUGCAUAUGCUAAGAUCAGUAAAGAGCUAAGAGAACUAGGUGGCAAUCCAGUAGUAAGGUCUGGUGCUCCGUCAAAAGCAGGUCCUGCAAUCACUGAUAAUGGCAACUUUGUCAUCGAUUGUGAUUUUGGAGAAAUCGAAGUCUCUAAAGUAGAAGCGCUCAACAGUAAAAUCAAAGCUAUGAUUGGUGUUGUGGAAACAGGUUUAUUUGUUAAUAUGGCCAAGAAGGCUUAUAUUGGUAAUGCAGACGGUAGUGUUACUACAUUAUCUGUUUAA